CUUGAAAGUGGAGAAUGUAUUUGAUUUAUUUGGUGGUCACUUGAGGCUAUGAUCCGGUUUAAACAUUGCAUAACUUGCUUAGAGCUGAUAUUGAGAAACAUGUAAUCCCUUGGAAGUGGUUGACAUGUUUAGUUUCUGGUGAUAAAGAUUAAGGGGAAUGAAGGUCAAUGGGUGAGUUACUUCUUUGAAGAAGCUGAAGCAUUACUAGUUGGGAGCCUAUAAAACGCAUUUUAUUUACCAUUGUAGAGUAUCACCCUUUGCACUCUAUGUGUUUGACACAAUGACUGAUAGAAUAAGCAGUUUACCAGAUGAGGUGCUAUGUUACAUUCUCUCUUUUCUUCCCACCAAACUAUCAGUCUCAACAAGCAUUCUCUCCAAAAGGUGGAGACCUCUCUGGCGCUCUGUUCCUGCUUUCGACUUUUUCAUUGGACAGCCAGAGUCAGACUCUUUUAUUUCCAUAUGCACAUUCAUCCUCGCCAGGAAUUUAGAACAACCCAUCAAAAGAUUCUGUUUCUGCAUUGAUGCUUCUGAAGAAAAGCUGUUUACUGAUGAUCAAAUAAACUCAUUUGUUAGAGCUGCUGUGUCCGCAGGCAGAGUUCAAUAUCUUCAUCUAAAUCUCUCUAAUACUUUAAUUCAUUUGUCAUCUGACCUACUUUGCUGCAAAACUCUUACAGCUCUCAAAUUGGAUUUUGUGGCAUUAAAAACCCCCUUUCCUUUGGGUGAUUUAACUCUACUUAAAGUCCUACACCUUUUUUCUGUUACGAUUUUAGAUGGUAAUUCCCUUCCACAACUUCUUUCUGCAUGUCCUAAUGUUGAGGACUUGAAAGUUAAGACUGUAUCCAGUGACUACGAGGCUAUGGGUGAGUUUAAACGAUUGCCUAACUUGCUUAGAGCUGUUAUUGAGAAUGAUGUAAUCCCCUUGGAAGUGGUUUACAAUGUUCAGUUUCUAGAAGUUGAGGUCUGCCAGAAACCGAAACAUGAUCAAGUUCCCAUGUUUCAUAAUUUAACUCGCCUUAAAAUCAGUCGUAAUUGCACUUUUUAUGACGAUGAUCUUAAUCUUACCAUAUAUGUGUUCGAAGUGAUGAAGCUUUGUCCCAAGCUUCAAAAUCUUUCCAUUGAUCUCAUGAGAGUUUAGAUAACAUUGAUGAUUAUAGCUUCUCACAACGGGUUCCGACAUGCAUCUCAUCCCACCUCAAAACAUGUCUAUUAAAGAAUAUUGGAAGUCAUAUAGAGUUUCAAUUUGCAAAAUAUAUUAUGGAGAAUGCAAGAUUUUUGAAAGACAUGAUAAUCUGCUCUCCCACUGAAGAGUUUGACAUGAUAAAAGAACUGGCAUUCUGUUCAAGGCUCUCUCCAACUUGUAACCUUUCAUUUAAAAAGUUUUAACUUGUUUCUAUUUGUGCAUGUGGUUCAACUAUUUAUUGUCUUUGUAUAUUGUUUAUCGAACUUUAUUUUCUCCUGUGAAAUUUGUGUCAUACAUUGAUCACUAGCU